AUGGACGACGCCGUCGGCGACGUCGUCGACGACGACGCCGACCGAACGGUCGUCGACGCGGUCGUCGACGCGGUCGUCGACGACGCCGUGACUCGCGCGUCGUCGCGUCCUUCGACUUCGACGUCAUCAACGCCGGAACCGGCUCGGAAGAAUUUCGACGCGAGCUUCCGCGAGUUCGUCGUCACGAAGCUCCAAGCGCGCGCUCGGGGGAAGUCGAAGCGCGACGCGUACGCGCGCGUACAGCGCGCCGUGCGGUGCAUUCAAGCUCGGUGGCGCGAGUCCGAGCGUCGCGCCGCGGUGCGUCGGCCGCGUCGUCGUCGCCGAUCCUCGUCGUCGUCCCGAAUUGUCUGUCGUGCCGACUACGACCGCGUCUCAUCACCCCGCGGUCCUUCCUCCGCCGCCCGCUCACCGCCUCCCGCGCCCGUCGAUCGAUCGCGCGUCCCCACCGCGCAGGCUCGCCCGGACUACCACGCGAUGGCCUCGCGCAUCGCCCGCGCGUGGCGCCGGCACCUCCGAAUCCGCGUCUUCAGACGCCUCCGCGACCUCGUCGCGUCUAAUAACGAAAAGAGCGACCCGGCGUCGGCGCUACGGCGCGUCAACCCCGCGGAAGCCGCCGUCGCCGGGGACCCGUCGUGCGGCACGCACGUGCGCUUCCGGCUCGGCGGCGAAACGUUCCCGCCGGAGGUGGUUUACAAGAUAUACACGCACCGACCGGUGACGGACGUGUGCGCGUUCGCGCCGAGGGAUUACGCCGCCAGCCGAGCGGCGGCGGCCGGGUCGCGCGAUCGAUCAUCAGAACGGCCCUCACGCCGCGGAUGGUACGCGCGCGUCGAGAACAACGCGUGGCGGCCGGUCCGCGACGUCGGCGCGCUGGAAGAGCGCGAGAACGAGACGACGGCGAGCGCGCGGCGCGAGUCGAUCCGAGACGCGUACACGUUCCACCUGAGCCCGAGCGCGCGGCGGGACGCGACGGAGAGGCGGCGGCGCGAACGGAGGGUGGAGUGGAUGCGGAAACUGUACGGGUUUCAAGCGAUGCGCCGCGGCGGGGGCGGCGGGAGCGACGCCGGCGCCGGCGCGCCUCGAGGGUCGGGGUCGACGCGCGUGGACGCGGACGGGGACGAUCUUGAUCUUGAUGUCGACGCGACGUUCGCGCAGACGGACGAGGAGAGGGCGUUACUGAGCUGGUCUUCGGCGCUCGACUUCGACGCGUAUCAGCGGAUGUGGUCGACGCUGUCGUGCGGCGCGCCGUCUGAGUCGACCGCGCCGAGGGGGAUCGGCGAGACCGCGAUCGAGGCGUCGGCGCGGUUGGGGUUAUCGGACGCGAACGCGUUCGGCGGGUAUUUCGAAUGA